CACGGUUCAUGUACUUGCAACCUAUACCUGUAUUAUUACCUAUUAGUUACCUAGACCUACGUACGUUUAAAGUAUUAUUGUGCGUCGAGGAAUUCCGUGAAUCCUUUAGUAGUAAUUAGGUAUUUGGUGUGUGAGUAUGACGACGGCGGACGCGUUCGUUGUUGAGACGUAUUUUGGUCAUGUGUACACGAUCGUGACUUCGGGGCAGGUUAAUCGGAUCGGUAGUAGGUACAAUAUACGACUUACUAGUCGUUGACCGAAUCCGAAUGUUGGUAAUCUACCUACGGUUCGCGAUUCUUUUUUUAUAAAAUGUACCUUCGGUUGUGUCUACUUGUGCAUGUGAUUUGCCUGAAUCUGGUCUCGUGUCGGCAUACCGGUUAUAGUACUAGUACUAGUACGAGUAAAUGCGAAAAUACGUGCGAUAAUGUUACCAGCCAGCCGUCGGAUACGCGGCUGGCUGCGGCUGUGGCCGUAUCCGAGCAAAACGCCUUGUUUGGUCAGUCGAUCACUGAACCACAUUCUAAACACGGUAAUGCUAUUUGGUCGCGUCUUAAAAAGCAAUUUAAGUCAUUCGAUGUACUCAGACUGACGCUUAAAAAAGCUUUAUUCGUUUUGCGCAAAAUUUGGAAUUCCGAUCGCGCUUCCGAAAGCUCGCCGCUCAAAAAUCAUCUCGAUAAUGGAAUAUCGAAACGAUUUCACGUCCAGCAGCAAGAAGAAGUGCAAAAUGAAGCUCGAACAUUUGGCAUAAGAAGACGAAUGCAGUUGUUCCUAAUGUUACCGAUAUCAUUUAAAUUGGGUGUAAUCGUAACUCUGCUGCUGGUGCUGACGGUGAUGUCUCUAAAAGGCUUAAUUAUCGGCUUCCUUAUACUAUUGUUAAUAUUGGCCAACACUCAUACGUACUCGAAACUAUGGGGCGUUGGGAGAACAUCCGAAUUGAGCGAAUCGUUAAAUAGAAACGUACCAGUACACGUUCACGUGCACGCUUUACUAUCCGACGAUUACAACCAUCGUCCGUCUCCAUACAUCGAACACUCCAAUAGUUGGCCUGGUCAUUCAUCCGGUUAUGUUUAUCAAACUAAUUGGCACGAAUCGCCUACAAAUGCCAAUGCCGUUCAAGUAGUGACCCGGUGAUGAGAGAUCGUUUGAAAAUACCACUCGUCGAAUUGCUGUGUUGUGCAGCUUCGAGUUCCAAGUUCGAUUCGAUUCCGAAUGCACAGCUAUACCUACCUACUACAUGUUACGUGUAUUGUGUAUUAUAUGUAUGUACUUUUAAAAAGGGAGAGAGAGAAAGAGACAGAGAAAAAAGAAGAGAAAAUGUGGCGGAGCGAAUCGAGGUGCACCGCGUGUCCAUGUUUCUAACCAUACGGAAAAAUUAAUUAACAAAGUCAUCAAAAAAUUUUUCCCAGUUUUGCAUUUUGCAAAAUUAGCGAUGUGUAUGAAAAACGUGGACAAGCGGAGAGAGAUUUAUGUUAAUUUUUAGCCGUUUUUAAAUCAAAUGUCGAGAGUAUUUCUCAAAGGCUCGAGAAUAACACUGAGUUUAAUUUAGUUUGCCGUAUUUAUUAAAACAUUUCUGCUCUCUCUCUCUCGUUGUAUGAUGAAAUUCGUUUUAUACACUUUAAAGCUCAUCUAAUGCAUAUGUAUAUUUGAUUGUUUAUCAUGUAAUUACAAACUCGUUCGAAUUUAAAAUUAAUUAUAACGAACACUCUUUAAGAAGUUUUAAGCGUUCGAGUUAUUUCUCUUUUCUCUCUCUCCCUUUACCUUUAUGUGUAAAAAUUUUCCCCCUCUCCUUAUACUUCUCCCAUCUUCCCUCCAAUCUUACACUCGCGCUUUCAUUACUUGUAUUAUAGGUAAGGUACUCGCCUUUUUGUGUAUAUAUACUUACUGUACCUAAGUUGUAAAUACAAAAUAUAUUAAGCUGACUUUAAUAAACGUAAUUAUGAUAA